AGAAGGGACAACAAACCACAAAUCCGCUGGAACGGAGCUGACAGCCCAGAAAGCCCUCUAAUGUCGGCUGUUUCCGUGUAGCUGGGCUGUUGUCAGGGGGCUCGCGGCGCGGCGCUGCCGCCGGGCUGCAUUUAGUUCCCUGUUCGGCUCAGUUUGGCCAGAAGAACCCGGUACCGACGCUCGGUCUGCCGCCGAACGACGACAUUACCGUUAAUGCGCUAGCUGGACCUUCAGCUGGGUUUCAGCCUCGCGAGUCCUCCGGGUCCUCCGGGUCCUCCGGGUCCUCCGGGUCCUCCGGGUCCUCCUCAGACCGGCACCGGGACCACAUCACCGCCGUCCGCAGGUUUCCGGAGCGGGGACGGUUAGCGGGUGUUCGCUGUGUGGUCGGGCCGGCGCCAUGGACGCUGCUGCCGCGCUGCGCUAGGACCAUGUUCAAGAAUGUGUUCGGCUCCGGGUUCCUGGUCCGGACCGCUCAUGUCAUCCUCACGUGGGUCAUCACGCUGAUCCUCUUCCUGCAUGACACAGAGCUGAGGAAGCAGGAGGAGACGGGCCAGCUGGUGCAGCCGGUGCUCUUCGUCCUGCUGGUGCUGGUGUCCGUCCUGCUGUACUUCGCCGUCUCUCUGAUGGACCCGGGCUUCAUCCUGUCCGACGACAGUGAUCUGCAGUUCACUCUGGGAGUGACGGAGGAGCAGCAGGACAUGAUCCCUCCCUCCACCAAGUCCCUGCGCCAGCGCCGCUGUGGCCGCUGCCUGCUGCAGCAGCCCAUGCGGUCCAAGCACUGCCAGACGUGUGAGCACUGCGUGCGGCGCUACGACCACCACUGCCCCUGGAUCGAGAACUGCGUGGGCGAGCGGAACCACCGCUGGUUCGUGCUGUACCUGGCCGUGCAGCUGCUGGUGCUGCUGUGGGGGCUGCACAUCGCCUGGACGGGCUUCGGCUCGGCGGCCGGCUGGCGGCCGUGGCUGCGCUCUAACGGCGUGCUGCUGGCCGUGGCCGUGCUGCUGGCGCUGCUGGCGCUGGUGGUGCUGCUGCUGCUGGGCUCCCACCUCUACCUGGUGUCGCUCAACACCACCACCUGGGAGUUCAUGUCCCGCCACCGCAUCUCCUACCUCAAGCACUGCGGCGCCGACGAGAACCCCUUCGACCGCGGGCCGCUGCUCAACCUGUGGGGCUUCUUCUGCGUGUGGGGCAGCGUGGUGUGGGAGCAGGUGUACUUCAGGGAGGGCAGCGACCAGGUGUAGGACGCCCCCCCCCCCCCCCGGUGACCUCUGACCUGGCGGGUACCUGGACGGCAGCGUGGCUCCUGGUGUGUGUUCCCCGACUCGGCGCUGCUGUGGUUCACCGCUGUUCUCCUGACUUGUUCUCCUGGACCUUCAGACUGAAAACUGUGUGUUUCUUGAGAAAGACGUCCUGCAGCGGUCAUUCCCUCCUAACGUCGUUUACAGCCGUGACAGACUCUUCUCCACAGCGUCCCGGGUCCUUCUGGACCCAGGCUCAGUCUUUGUUUACAGCUGCUUCCGGAGCAGCAGCGUGGAGGAUGAAGCAUUUAUAUUUAAACUCGUAUAACACUUUUUCCUUUGUUUAUUUCACCUGAUCAGUGCUUUUCAAAAAGAUCAGAACAUUCAGAGCAGUGGAAGCUUCUCACAACCUUCUCUUCAGGGUGUAAUUUUUCAACCUUUAACCAACAACUACAGCAAGAAGCAGCACAAAGAAAAAUCUCCUCAAUCUGACGUCUUUCCAUCAUAAAGCUCGACAUGGAAACGUUUCAAGACCAGUAAGAAUAUCAGGACGUUUUUCACCUUUUUUUUGAUGGUUCUACUUCAGCCCCACGUGGAGAACAGCAGCCUCAGGACUGGACUGGGUUGCUAUAGUGACCAAGUUCUGCCUGUUGCUGCUUGAAAGAGAUCCCCAGUGUCAGCGUGACAGAGGACCCGACUGUUACUGUCCCAGCCUGCUCAAUAAUGCAUCGCCGCGUGUUUUUAGGUGCAUGUGUAGACAAUCCAGCCCCGCCCGGACGGGUCGGGCGUGGUUGUGAGCGCCGCUCCGCCCGGACGGCUCGGGCGGUGGUGUGAGCCGCCGCUCCGCCCGGACGGGUAUGGCGUGGUUUGCUGAGCGCCGCUCCGCCCGGCCGAGCCAAACAGGGUCCAACAGUCUAUCACUGGCAGCUCCCAUGUGUGAAGCUUGGUUGUUGUGUAUUGAGGAUGCACAGCAGUGGCCUCCAAGCCCGGCUCCCUCUGAGGCGUUUCCUGUUUACUCACCACAGAGUGAGACUCUGCAGGCUGACCUCCGACCUCUGGGUCUGGUCUGUUCUAUUACACUGGGAUAUUCCUGACGUUCUCUUCCCUGCUGUCAUCUCUGAGAAGUGCAUCUCUGAUCUAUAAUCUCUUUAAUGAUGUUUCUCGAACAGCUUUCAGAGUUGUGUCAAAGAUGGAUUCAAGUUAUAAAACGGUAGGAAAUUUCAAAUUAAAAGCAUCUCAGCUUGCACCAGACGCGUCUGGUUUUUCAUGUGAGGAUUAGAAAUCUCUGGGCUUUUGAAAGAAAUAAUCAGAAAACCUCAAAAACAGCUUGUCUCAGGGUUACCGUGGCAACGGGCCUCAAAACAUUUUGACCUGAUGACCCCAGGCUGACCCCGAGUCCUGCUUCAGACUCGUUUUGGCAGAGGGACGCCGGGUUUGGGCCCACUGGUGUGCAGGAAGCUUUUUUUCUCUAAUGUACAGAAUUGUUUGUACGUCUGCUCGGAGUUCUGAGUGCAAUACUUUUCCACUGAGCUCUUCCCUGUGCAAUAGUAACCCUGUAACAGCAAUAAACGUGUUUCGUGACAUGAGACUCGUGUUUCUACCGUCCAGUGUGUACUGAUGCAGUACUGUCAUGCAAUGUUUGUUUUUUACCGUGUACACACAUCAAUAAAUAAGUUCCAUGACGUUUCCUGCUCCACA